AUGCGCCCCUACACUGCAGCACCACGUGCUGCUGCUGCUGCUGCGGCUGGCUCAGCAGCAGCAGCAACAGCAACAGCAGCAGCAGCAGCUGCUGCUGCUGCAGCAGCAGCAGCAACAAACGAAAAACCUAAUAGACUUGCUGCUGCCAAAGAAGCAGCAGCAAAUGUAGCAGAAGCAGCAGCAGAAGCCUUCAUAAAGGGCGUCUCCCUUCUCGCGGUGAGGAAUCUGCCCGCAGAGGGAGACAGCAGCAGCAGCAGCAGCAGCAGCAGCAGCAGCAGCAACUGCAGCACCACCAGCAGCACCACCAGCAGCAGCAGCGGCAGCAGCAGCAGCAGCAGGAGGUCCCGCUUUCCCUUCAGGCAGCAGCAAAAAGGUCCAGCACUGCAGCAGCAGCAGCACGACGCAGGCAAGUGGCUGCAGGCUUCGCCUUCUCUGCAGCAGCAGCAGCACCAGCAGCAGCAGCAGCAGCAGCAGCAGCAGCAGCAGCAGCAGCAGCGGGAGAAACGCCACACGUUAUGUGUGUUGGAGCGCCUGCUGCUUUUUUCUCACAUUUGUUCGGGGCUGCACCCCGACCUGGCGAGCAGCAGCAGCAGCAGCAGCAGCAGCAGCAAGUGUGCAGCAGCAGCAGCAGGAACAGCAGCAGCAGCAGCAGGAGGGAGAGGAGCAGCAGCACGUGCAGCAGCAGCGCAUGCAUCACGCGUGCUCGGGUGUAUGGUCUCUGUCUUUGCUGCUGAGAUGUGUGCUGUCUUGGCUUUAGUAGAAGCUGAGGCAGCAGCAGCAGCAGCAGCAGAAGCAGCAGCAGCAACAAAAGCAGCAGCAGCAACAAAACCAGCAGCAGCAGCAGCAUGGCUGUCUCCUCCUGUCUUCUUCCGCAUUUGCUGCGCCCUCUGCAGCGACGCUCUCAGGCCUCUCCCCCCAGCAGCAGCAGCAGCAACAGCAACAGCAGCAACAGCAGCAGCAGCAGCAGCAGCAGCAGCAAGAGAUUGCGCGAAUGGUGUCCCCGUUCAUCAUCAUCUUCAGCAGCAACAGCAGCAGCAACAGCAACAGCAGCAGCAGCAGCAGCAGCAGCGUUCUCCCCGCAUAUCUGUACGUCAGCAGCAGCAUCAGCUAUUGGAGGAGCGUCUGCUGCAGCACGAGCAGCAGCUGGUUGCUCUUGCUGCUCUUGGCAGCAGCAACGAAGCAGCAGUAUGUGCUGCGCUGCUGCGGGGCUCGCUGCUGCUGCAGCAGUGGCUCUGCUGCAGCGCCUGGCCUUCUAAAGAAAAAUUUUGGUUUGCUGUUGAAGCAGCAGAAGAUAUGAUGGAGGCUGUACGUACACUGCAGCAGACACUGCAGCGGAGACAGGCAGCAGGUGCAGCAGCAGCACCAGCAGCAGCAGCAGCAGCAGCAGCAGCAGCAGCAGCAGCAGGAGCAACAGCAGCAAGAGGAGCAGCAGCAGGAACGGGAACGAGAACGGGAGCAGGAGGAGUUUAUACGGGCCCUCAGCAGCAACAACAUCAGUUGCUGCUGCUGCUGCAGCAGCAGCAGCUGCUGCUGCAGCAGGAAGAAGUUGCUGCUCUCGAAGCAGCACUAGCGAGGAGCGCGGCGGCCUGGCUGCGGCAGAUCAGCUGCCGCCUGGUUGAGGUCUCAGCCUUCCCUCUUGGCCUCAGCAGCAGCAGCAGCAGCAGCAGCAGCAGCAGCAGCAACAGCAGCAGCAGCAGCAGCAAGGAAGAGGCAGAAGCUUUCCUCAACCUUAGGUCAGAAAUCAGGGAAACCUUGCGCAACUUGUUUGCUCCUGAGCGUCAGAUGGUGUAUCGGCUGCACGACGGCUGCAGCAACUUGUUUGCUCCUGAGCGUCAGAUGGUGUAUCGGCUGCACGACGGCUUUCUUCCUGACUUGACGCAGACAGCCUUCUCUUUGCUGCGGGAGACCCCAGCAGCACUAGCAGCAGCAGCAGCAGCAGAAGAGCAGCAGCAGCAGCAGCAGCAGCAGCAGAGGAAACAGCAGCAGCAGCAGCAGCAGCAGUUGAAGCAGCAGCAGCAGCAGCCAUGGGCAGCAUUUGAAUCUAUACUGCAUGCAGUUGCUGCAGUAGCGCAUGCAGCAGACUGGCGCUGCAGCGGGGCGCUGCAGCAGCUGCUGCUGGGUUUGUUGUCACCAGUAUCAUCAAUCCCUGCUCCAGCAGCAGCAGCAGCAGCAGCAGCUGACGCAGCAGCAGCAGCAGCAGCAGCAGCAGCAGCAGGAAAAGUACCCUGGGUCCUCAGGUCUCACCGCUUGCUGCUGAGCUCCACGCUGCAGCUGAUAGGGGCCCUAGACUGGUGGCUGCUGUCGCAGCAGCAGCUGCUGCCGUCGGUGCUGCUGCUGCUGCAGCAGUCUCUGCUGCUGCCGCAGCAGCACGAGCAGGGGUUCCCCCUAUCCUCCAAAGAAGAUCACCUAGGCUGUGUGUCGCUGCUGAAGCUUUGUGCUGCUGCUGAUGCUGCUGGUGUUUGCUGCUGGCAGCAGCCGCCAGACAGCCCCAUAUCAACGCGCAGCUUCUGCUGCUUCGCGCUGCACCUUGUUGAUGCUGUUGCUGCUAUACCUGCAGCAGCAGCAGCAGCAGCCAGCAGCAGCAGCAGCAGCAGCAGCAAGAAGGAUGCAGCAGUAGAAAGCAGCAGCAAGUGGGCUGCAGCAGAGAAGCAGCUGUGCAUGCAGAGCAGACAUUGUGUUGUUGCUGUUGCGGGGAUGCUGCUGGCUGUCUCCUGUCGUAUACACGUGGCGCAGCAGAUGCAUCAGCUGCUGCAGCAGAAGCAGCAGCAGCAGCAGCAGCAGCAGCAGCAGCAGCAGCAGCAGCAGCAGGACCCGUAUGUUAUUGCUGGAUUGGUUCUCAGCAGACAUAUGGAGAUCCUGCGGGGCCUUGCGUGGCAGCUGCUGCGGUCUAAGCUGCCAGCAGCAGCAGCAGCAACAGCAGCAGCAGCAGCAGCAGCAACAGCAACAGCAGCAACAGCAGCAGCAACACUGCAACAAAGGCUUAUUACUGUUGCUGCAUGCACCUUCGUGCUGCAGUCCCUCGAGGCCUUUCUUGCUGCUAGUCUACACCCCCUCAUAGAACAGAGCGCAGCAGCAGCAGCAGCACAGGACGAGCAUUUGUCUCUUUUGUUUACAUGCUGCAUGCAGGGGUUGCUGCAGCAGCAAUCUGCUGCCAGCAGCUGCCGACAGCAGCAGCUACAACUGCAGCAGCAGCAGCAGCAUCACCACCAGCAGCAGCAACACUGCCCGCUUGUAUUUUCAUCCAUACUCAAACGGCUGGGCUUUUAUAGUGUGCGGCAACGGGCAGCGCGGAGGCAGCAGCAGCAGCAGCAGCAGCAGCAGCAGCAGCAGGAGCAGCAGCAGCAGCAGCAGCAGCAGAUGUUUGGGCGAUGCAGCAGUGAUGAGCUUUUUCUAGGGGAGGUGACUCCGUCAUCUGCAGCAGCAAUAGGAAGAACAACAACAGCAGCAGCAGCAGCAGCAGGAAUAGCACCAACAGCAGCAGCAACUGCUGCUGCUGCUGCUGCUGCUGCUCUCGGUGCCUCUCAUGGCCUCAUGCAGCUGCUCGUGCUGCAUAUAAACGAAUCAGCUCAGACACUGCGCUCCCUGGUUGCUGCAGCAGCAGCACUUGCUGCAGGCAGUCGUCAAGAAAACCAGCAGGGCUGCGCUAUUGAUACAGCAGCAGAGUUGCUGCAACAGCAGCAGCAACAGCAGCAGCAGCGGCAGCAGCAACAGCAACAGCAGCAGCAGCAGCAGAAACACCAGCAGCAGCAGCAGUAUAGUGGUGCCGUUGGCACCUGCUGCUGCAGGUGGAAGCAGCAGCAGCACAGAUUUGCUUUUUUAACCAUUCCUCGGCGUCGCCAGCAGCAGCAGCAGCACCAGCAGCAGCAGCAGCAACAGCAACAGCAGCAGCAGCAGCAGCAGCAGCAGCAGCAGACGCGGGCGUUACACAGAUUUUCCCUUAGGUUACGCUGCAGCAGGGGACGAGGUGUAUUCGCAGCUAGCAGCAGCAGCAAAGACAGCUGCGGGUACUUUCGGGUGUCUCCGCACCUCCUUCAAGUGUCUCCUCACCUCGUUCUAGUGUCUCCUCACCUUUUUCAGGUGUCUCCUCACCUUUUUCAGGUGUCUCCGCACCUCUCUCAGGUGUCUCCGCACCUCAUCCAGGUGUCUCCUCACCUAAACCAAGUGUCUCCUUCUCCUCCCCGCCGCGUUUAUUCAAGUGUCUCCUCACGUCUCUUUCAGGUGUCUCCGCACCUCGCUCAGGUGUCUCCGCACCUCUCUCAGGUGUCUCCUCACCUCUCCCAGGUGUCUCCUCACCCCCCCAACCCCACCCCACACACACCAGGUGUCUCCUCACCCCCUUCAAGUGUCUCCUCAGCUCGUUCAGGUGUCUCCGCACCCCCUUCAGGUGUCUCCGCACCUCCCCCAGUGUCUCCGCCCCCCGCCAGGUGUCUCCUCACCUCCUCUCCCCGCAGCGUAUAUAUAUAG